AUGGGAAAAGCAUCCAAACCGACAACACCGGUAAGAAUACCUACGGAUACAGUGAUUCAAGGCAAUUACUUCGAUGAUAAUGCGGUUUAUCGCUCAAUUUUGUUGAAUCCGAUGUUGAAGUUUGACGAUGUUCUUGAUGCAGUCAAAUUGAAAACGUCGCUUGAAAGAUUAUUGAGUCGGCAUGAUUGGAGGAAACUCGGUGGAAGAAUAAGACUGAACGUACGUGAAAUAAUCUUGUCUUGAGCGCUCAGUACUAAGAUCACCUCAGGAGAUUGGGAAGCUUGAGUUUUCCAUCCCAAAGCAGUUCGACGAUUUGCGACCUGGUUUCUCAUAUUCUCACGAACACUUCGAUAUUGAUAUCUUGGAGCAUUCCGUUGCAUCGCAGAUUCCCAAGGCAACGUCAAAACCAGCCGUUCUUGUGGAAGCGAAGAAAUUCGUGAGCCUGACCCGUCGUCCUGAUGCACCUAGCAAACUUGAAGAUUAUCUUUACUCGGAUGAACCUCAACUUGGGAUUCACAUAGUCUCAUUUCGUGAUGCUACUCUUGUAUCGAUACUUUGGCCCCAUAUUUGUGGAGAUGCUUCAGCAGCGAAAGCUAUAUUCGAUGCCUGGUCACUUGUACUUCAAGGACGGGAUGACGAAAUACCUCCACUUCAUGGGUUCGAUAACGAUCCUUUGGCUCAAUUGGGAUUAAAUCCCAGGGAGAAGUACAGCCUCGUCGCAAAGAGGCUUACUGUAUUCCAAAUCAUCGUCUUUUGGAUCCGUCAUCUCUUCGAAACGUUGUGGGGGGGUGACGAAGGCAGGGUGAUGUGUGUGCCGGCUUCCUUCAUAACGAGCCAACGAGAAAAGGCUCUGCAAGAAUUGGCCUCAGGAUGUCACGAAAACGAGAAACAAUUUCUCAGCGAAAGCGAUGUCCUCUGUGCAUGGCUAGCGAAAUUGAGCAUCUCGGAUCUUCCUAAGAGCUCAAAUCGGACAGUCCUCAUUUCAAAUGCUCUCGAUUUCCGGGGUCUUCUCGCAAAAGACCUUUUGCCUGGAAACGGUGUACAUCUCGGAAAUGCAGUAAUGAUUGUUCACGCCAUUUCAACCGUCAGAGACGUAUCCCGCAUGCCCAUUAGUGAGACUGCUUUAGCAAUCCGUCGUGGAAUCGAACACCUGGGCACGCGAGAUCAGCUUGAAGCCCAUCAGGCGCUUUUGAGGGAGUCCAUUGACAAGACCAAGGUCCCUGUGGUAUUUGGUGACGCAACAAUGAAUCUUAUACCUUUUACGAACUGGUCGAAAGCCAAGUAUUUUGAGACAAACUUUUCUGGGGCUGUUACGAAGGUUGGAAAGCCAUUGGAAGGACGGUCGAAUGGAAAAGGAAUACCAUCAUAUGCUCAGAAUUGUACAUUGAACAGGGGACUAUCGAAAUUUGUGAUUAUGGGUAAAGAUGUGGAAGGUAACUUUUGGGUGACUGGAUUUCUGCGGAAAGGUCUGUGGGAGAAUAUCUCAAAGAUGUUGGAAAGAAGUCCGUUGGAGUAG